AUGAAGGCAGGCUGUGAAUGUGUGCUAUCCUUCAAGAAAAUGGAAGAAGGUCCCAAAGGUUUUGAGUUCUGCGACCAGGACCUUAAGAAGUAUUUCGACAGCUACAAUGGUGACCUAGAUCCUGAAAUUGUGAAGUCAUUCCUCUUCCAGCUGCUGAAAGGCCUGGGCUUCUGUCACAGCCGAAACGUGCUGCACAGGGACCUGAAGCCUCAGAACCUGCUCAUCAACAGGAAUGGGGAGCUGAAACUGGCUGAUUUCGGUUUGGCUCGCACCUUUGGGAUCCCCGCUCGCUGUUACUCAGCUGAGGUCGUCACGCUGUGGUACCGCCCACCCGAUGUCCUCUUUGGGGCCAAGCUGUACUCCACGUCCAUCGACAUGUGGUCAGCCGGCUGCAUCUUCACAGAGCUGGCCAACGCUGGGCGGCUCCUCUUUCCUGGCAAUGAUGUAGACGACCAGCUGAAGAGGAUCUUCCGACUCCUGGGCACGCCAACCGAGGAGCAGUGGCCCGCCAUGACCAAGCUGCCAGACUAUAAGCCCUACCCGAUGUACCCGGCCACAACGUCCCUGGUGAACGUCGUGCCCAAGCUCAACGCCACAGGGAGGGACCUGCUGCAGAACCUGCUCAAGUGUAACCCGGUCCAGUGCAUCUCGGCGGAGGAGGCCCUGCAGCAUCCCUACUUCUCCGACUUCUGCCCCCCUCUAGGCUCCAGGGCUGGGGGCCUGGCCCACUUGACGCCCCCUCUGGGGAGGGGGUGAAAGGCAGGGAUGCGCUGUGUGCCGAGCUCCAGCUGUGCUGGGCCGGUCAGGGUGGAGGUGCCCUCACCCGUGGUCUUCACUCCCUCCGUGGACUUUAUUUAAUUUCAUAAAUUGGCUCCUUUCCCA